CUCUAAAUAGCAUCGCCCGCCCGCGCGGGAGACCACCCGUCCCCCGCGCCUUUUCCCGCUAGCUAACGCACGGCACAGCACCGCACCACAAGGCGCGCUCUGCUUCUCUCUGCAGCGCUAGCGAGCCCUCGUCUUCCCCUUCCCCAUUAUUCCCGGGAUACCCCUGUGCUGCGACUGCGGCCCGCCCCACCCAACUACCGCCUCCUCCUCGUCGCUUCCGAGUCUCUAGCAAGCCGCGAGGUGCAGCAACCAGGGCCGGGGCCAGGCUAUGGGGAAGUACAUGCGCAAGAGCAAGGUGUCCGGGGAGGUGGCCGUCAUGGAGGUCCCCGGCGGCGCGCUGCUCGGCGUCCGCACCCGUUCCCGCACGCUCGCGCUGCAGCGGGCGCAGAGGCCGCCGGAUAACGGGGAGGUAGAGGAGGCAGGGGAGUACCUGGAGCUCAGGAGCAGGAGGCUCGAGAAGCCACACCCUCCGACGCCGGCCAAGGAGGCAGCGCCACCGGCCAGGAGGGGCGCUGGGAGGAAGGGCUCCGCGGCGGCCACCGCGCCGGCGGAAGACGAGGUCGAGGUCUCCUUUGGGGAGAACGUGCUCGACUUGGACGCCAUGGAAAGGAGUACCAGAGAGACAACGCCUUGCAGUUUGAUUAGGAACUCAGAAACGAUAAGCACCCCAGGAUCCACAACUAAAAGUAAAACCAGCAACUCGAUGACUUCCCGCCGCAGAAUGGAAGCCUCAUUUUGCCGUUUUAUACCUAGUUCUCUUGAGAUGGAAGAGUUCUUCGCAGCGGCUGAACAACAGGCGCAACAUACUUUCAGGGAGAAGUACAACUUCUGUCCUGUGAACGACUGCCCACUUCCUGGACGGUACGAAUGGGCGAGGCUAGACUGCUAGAUUAUCAUCACAAGAGCUCCACUGAUCUGAUAUGUCUUCACGAAUGACCAUCACCGUGGCGAAGGCGCAACAGGACUGCAUUAGCUUUCUUCUCUGUUGUAAAAAUUUAGAGUAGUUAGCCUGUAGUAGCUCAAUGAUCUUGUGUAACAAACAGGAGCGACGAUGAGUUACACCCUGAUCCCCAACCUCACUGUAACCGUUAACUGCUCAUGCUGUAAAGAACCACCUCAUGUAGGCCUAGCUUAAUCAUCUGUUCCUAGUUGUUGAAUUAA